UCAAUCCCAGCAGCAACCAGCCCCCUCUGCAACCUAGAAACUCGGAGCCAUCAGCUCAUUUUUUUUAUCAGAACGCGACUUCAAUCCGUCACAAAGCAGCUCCAGCUCCAGCUUUCCUCGCUCUCGCAUCCAAGUGCUCCCAGUAGUCACUCGUUUCCAGCAGACUUCCGCGCCAACAGUUACUAGUCUUAUAGUUGCUUCAACGCAGGCUCACUUACGUGCUGCUCAUUAGAUAUGGCAGCAAUGGCAAAGACCGUUCUCUUUCUCGCGGUGGCGCUGCUCGCGGCUUCACUUCCUUCCGACGCCUUCCGCUCCUCUCGAAUGUUACAGGAGGACCAUGACAAGCUCUUCCCCAAGCUUCCAAGCCUAUCCGCCAGGAUUGUCGUUCCGACGACAGUGAAGGCGAAGCACGAGGAGAACGCAGCCACAACCCGUUGCGGAAACCGGCAAGCCUACCAUCCCCGCCGAACGCGGCACUCCCCGCCGACCCCGCCCGUCCCGACACUCCCGCCGAUCCCAACACUCCCGCCCAUCCCGACACUCCCGCCAAUCCUGCCACUCCCGCCGAUCCUGCCACUCCCGCUGACCCCGCCACUCCUGCCGAUCCCGCCACUCCCGCCGAACCCUCUACUACCUCCAGCCCCGCUACUCCCUCUGACCCCGCUACUCUCGCCACUCCCGCCACUCCCGCCGACCCCGGACACAAGUGGGAAACCGCGCAAGCCUCCGCAAGCGGUUCCAGCCCCGGCCCGAACCCCGGCCCCGGCUCCUGCCCGCCCACCGGCUCCGAGUGCGACUUUUACUUCACUGGCUUCCAGAACUCCGUCCCGACUUUCAAGCUGCCCGAGAACGGCGGUGACCAAGUGAUCAGCCCGGCUAUCGAGGGUUCGGUGAAGGGAAGCGUUGUGAAUGUUAUCGCGCUCAACUCGCAGACUUCGGAGUAUAUCUGCUUGUCGAACGGAACGACCCUCUACGACAACCAGUUCUACGUUGUUCAGGAUGUUGUUCAAGUUCGGACGAUCCAGCCCGAGGAUAAGGGCGUGUUCAAUGGGCUGUACGUGAGGAUCCCUAUUUCGAGCGCGGAGAUCGAGGUGUACAACCAGGUCUUCAACCUCAACCCCGGCGAUGGCUCCUCGUCUUUCCCCGAGGAUCGCCGCUGCGUCAUCUUCCUGACGUCUUAGACGCGCGCUCUUGCGUGAUCUUCCAACGGUGGCUCGUCGCGCUUCGCUUUAUGAUUCGAGCCCUGCUGCCUGGUUGCGGUUUCAAGCCGCGUGUUAAUUAAAUCGAGCCUAUGGCUGUGGCUUGGCUGUAGGUAGUCUGGUGUGCUCGACUCGCUCCGAGGGCUUGCUCCUCGCAGUCGAGGACUGGUCGGAGCGUCGGGAAAUAGAAUUUAUUGGGAGGCUUGAGGGGGGGGGGGGGGGGGGGGGUUCGAUCUCUAUUGUCUAAAUUAGUUGCUGAAGUGGGGUAGGUGUAGUAAUGUUGGGCCAGGGCUAAUCAAACAAAUUAUGUUGGGAAUAUCACUGGAUUGACAUGUAUGCUUGACCAUCCUGAUUGCAACACAUCAGCC